AUGGCCACCGAGAAACAGACCGAGGUCCUGCUUUAUGGACUGGGGGCUAUCGGCUCAUUCUAUGCUUUCAUCCUGAGCAGGGUGCCUGCUGUCAGAUUAACGGUGGUGGCGAGGUCAAAUUACGAUGCCGUGAAAGCAAAUGGAAUUCUUCUGAAGAGCGAGAAUCAUGGACAGCACAUAAUACGCCCAUACAAAGUUGUGAAGACUGCAGCCGAGGCAGAUGCAAAGUUCGACUAUAUCGUCUGUGCCCACAAAGCCAUCACCCAAGAUGCAGUCCCUGCUCAAAUAGCGCCAGCGGUGGACGAGAAGAGGUCAACAAUAGUCAUUAUCCAAAACGGGGUUGGCAAUGAGGUGCCAUUCCGCAGCGCGUUCCCCCACGCGACAAUCAUCUCAUGUGUGACCUGGACUGGCGCCUCUCAGCCGCAGCCCGGCAACAUCAUCCACACCAAGUCAGAGGACAUGCAAAUAGGACUAUACCCUAAUGAUGCAGACCAAAGUGUGGAGAAGCAACGCCUAGACGAGUUCGCGUCUUUCCUGACAGAGGGCAAGACUGUCUUCCAGGUGGUCCCCAACAUCCAGGUCCAGCGCUGGGAGAAGGUAGUGUGGAAUGCCGCGUGGAACUCUCUCACGACCCUGACGCUUCUCGAUACCCACUCUUGGCUCAGCUCGUCGGACGGCGCUACGCCCUUGACACGACGUCUGAUGACCGAGGUCAUUGACGUCGCCAAGGGGUGCAACGUCCCCAUCGACUAUGACCUGAUUGACAAGCUCAUCAACAAGAUCUUGGCAAUGCAUCCAAUCGGCAGCAGUAUGCAGGCCGACUACAAGGCCGGAAGACCCAUGGAGGUGGAUAUCAUCCUCGGCUACCCGUACAGGAAGGGCAAAGAGCUGGGCAUUUCGACGCCGACGCUGGAUACAAUCUACAUCAUCUUGACGGGUACAAAUCUCCGUCUGCUCAGAGAGAAUGGGCAGGCUUAG